AUGACCACCAUUCAACCCCUCCUCCUAGCAGGAGGCCAUUCCUCCCGAAUGGGCCAACGAAAGGAACUUCUCGUCCUCCCCGACAAAACCCCCCUUUUCAUCCGCAUGAUCACACUCCUUCAUGAAAGCCUUCCCCAGUCAGAGCAAAUAUACAUCUCUCUUCGGGACCGCCAAAGACUUCACGAGCUACGCCAAUGUAGUCCAGCAUUGGUCAGGCAAAUCACACCCGAUACUCUCCAUAUACUCCCAGCAUCGCUGGCUAAGGCCGGGGAGCCUGGGAUUCCUAUCGCUGUUCGGAUACUUUUUGAUGAAGACCUUGCGAAUCAGCCUGGAGGCACGGAAGAAAUUGGACCUGCUAAAGGCCUGCUGAGAGCACGGCAGGAAGGUCCCGAUAGUUCAUGGCUCGUUGUCGCGUGUGAUUAUCCGCUUCUCUGUCGAGAUGCACUUGAUCAAUUGUUGCAACAACAUGAAAAACAACAACAGCCUGCUGCGCAUGGACACGAAAAAGCGACUGUGUUUCGGAAUGCAGAUGGCUUUGCAGAGCCGUUGCUGGGCAUUUGGACCCCGGGGGCUCUGGAAGACCUUUCCAGGGCCGUUGCCAAGGGUAUUACGGGACCGAGUUAUGUGGUCCGGCAUUCUGGAAGUACUUUGAUACGACCACGCUGUGAGAAGUGGUUGGUGAAUGUGAAUACACCUGAAGAGUGGGAAGAUGUGACGCGAGAGUUGGAAACGUCGGUUGAGGGACAGUCGUGA